AUGACCAUGAACUUCAGGAAAAUCGCAGCUCCACCAUCCCCCUUCAACCUGAUUGACUCUCCCACCCCCCGUGUCUAUUGUGGACUCCUUCCAUUUCUUGGACACCACCAUCACCCAGGACCUCAAGUAGUAGCCGACCAUCAGCUCCCUCAUCAAGGAGGACCAGCAGAUGAUGGCGACGAGUCUGCCUACAAGAGAGAGGUGGACCGGCUGGCGUUCUGGUGUAGCCUCAACAACCUGGAGCUGAACGCCCAGAAAACAGUGGAGAUGACCAUGAACUUCAGGAAAAUCGCAGCUCCACCAUCCCCCUUCAACCUGAUUGACUCUCCCACCCCCCGUGUCUAUUGUGGACUCCUUCCAUUUCUUGGACACCACCAUCACCCAGGACCUCAAGUAGUAGCCGACCAUCAGCUCCCUCAUCAAGGAGGACCAGCAGAGGAUGGCGACGAGUCUGCCUACAAAAGAGAGGUGGACCGGCUGGCGUCCUGGUGCAGCCUCAACAACCUGGAGCUGAAUGCCCAAAAAACAGUGGAGAUUAUCAUGGACUUCAGGAAAGUCAGAGCCCCACCAUUACCCCCUCACCCUGAUGGACUCUCCCACCCCCCGUUUCUAUUGUGGACUCCUUCCAUUUCUUGGACACCACCAUCACCCAGGACCUCAAGUAGUAGCCGACCAUCAGCUCCCUCAUCAAGGAGGACCAGCAGAGGAUGGCAACGAGUCCGCCUACAAGUGAGAGGUGGACCGGCUGGCGUCCUGGUGCAGCCUCAACAACCUGGAGCUGAACGCCCAGAAAACAGUGGAGAUGAUCAUGAACUUCAGGAAAGUCAGAGUCCCACCAUCCCCCCCUCACCCUGAUUGACUCUCCCACCCCUGUCUCCAUUGUGGACUGCAUCCGUUUCUUGGGCACCACCUUCACUCAGGACCUCAAGCGGAAGCCAAGCAUCAGGUCCCUCAUCAAGAAAGCCCAGCAGAGGAUGCACUUCCUGCGGCACCUGAGGAAACUUAAGGCUGCUCAAGUGUAAGCCGGAACCAGGUGGGACUGAAUAGGACUCAUGAAGAACGAGGGACAGGUGUGCAGGAAGGACGAGGAACAGAAAGUAAAGGCGCUUCAAAAAACUGAGACCAAACAGGAAAUACUGACAAAACAAGAGCACCAGGACAGGAAGUGAUCGUAAACACUGGAAAAUAUCAAACAUAGUCCACAGGUGUGAUGUCGUCACACCUGUGGACUCCACAGGUGUUACUUACUGUAUCUUCCAACAGUUGAGUAGCAUGUCUAGCUCGCCUCAUCCUCCAGUGAUAAUAGUACAUGUAAGAAACAGUCUAUUUGUUGCCGCGAUGGAGGCAAAGACUCGCUCACUUAGCCAUGGCUUUGCACUGUGGAGGGAC